UCCUCCCUGGCAGGACCCAAGCUGAAACAGUCCCUGGUUCUUCCCUGCCAGCCAGAGACGCAAACCCCCAGGACUAAGUGUGGCCCCUGCUCCGCAUCUUCUGUCCCAUCACAGCAUCCCAACAACGGGUACCUUCCUACUUGCUUCCAGGCAGUACCCGAGACCGCUGAGAACUUCAGGGGAGCCGGCUCCGGCUGGCAGCGGGAGUGUGGCAGGUCCCGGGCUGCAGACUCUGGCCAUGGCCUCAGUCCCCACCGCCGAGAGCUGGACCGACGGGGCGGCAGGCAUGGAAACGCAGGCAGAGAACCUGAGCGCUGGCUUGGCGGUCACUGAGUGGCUUGCGCUCCAGGCUGGCAACUUCUCUUCGGCUCUGGGGUUGCCGAUGACAUCCCAAGCACCUUCCCAGGUCCGGGCCAACCUCACGAACCAGUUCGUGCAGCCGUCCUGGCGGAUCGCACUCUGGUCUCUGGCCUAUGGCUUGGUGGUGGCUGUGGCAGUCUUUGGAAACCUCAUCGUUAUCUGGAUCAUCCUGGCCCACAAGCGCAUGAGGACCGUCACCAACUAUUUCCUGGUAAACCUGGCUUUCUCCGACGCCUCCAUGGCUGCCUUCAACACCUUGGUCAAUUUCAUCUAUGCUCUUCACAGCGAAUGGUACUUUGGCGCCAACUACUGCCGCUUCCAGAACUUCUUUCCCAUCACAGCGGUGUUUGCCAGCAUCUACUCUAUGACAGCCAUUGCAGUGGACAGGUAUAUGGCCAUUAUCGACCCUUUGAAACCCAGACUGUCUGCCACAGCCACCAAGAUUGUCAUUGGGAGUAUUUGGAUUUUGGCGUUUCUACUUGCCUUCCCUCAAUGUCUUUAUUCCAAAAUAAAAGUCAUGCCAGGACGUACUCUUUGCUAUGUGCAGUGGCCCGAGGGUCCCAAGCAACAUUUCACGUACCACAUCAUUGUCAUCAUCCUGGUGUACUGUUUCCCAUUGCUCAUUAUGGGCAUCACCUACACCAUAGUUGGAAUUACUCUCUGGGGAGGAGAGAUCCCAGGAGACACCUGUGACAAGUACCAUGAACAGCUGAAGGCUAAACGAAAGGUUGUAAAGAUGAUGAUCAUUGUGGUGGUGACGUUUGCCAUCUGCUGGCUGCCCUACCACAUUUAUUUCAUUCUCACUGCCAUCUACCAACAGCUGAACAGGUGGAAAUACAUCCAGCAGAUCUACCUGGCUAGUUUCUGGCUAGCAAUGAGUUCAACCAUGUACAACCCCAUCAUCUACUGCUGUUUGAAUAAAAGAUUCCGCGCAGGCUUCAAGAGAGCAUUUCGCUGGUGUCCUUUCAUCCAAGUCUCCACCUAUGACGAGUUGGAGCUCAAGACCACCAGGUUUCAUCCCACGCGGCAAAGCAGCCUGUACACCGUGAGCAGGAUGGAGUCGGUUACCGUGCUGUUUGAUCCCAAUGAUGGGGACCCAGCCAAGUCCAGCCGGAAGAAAAGGGCGGUGCCCAGAGACCCAAAUGCCAAUGGCUGCUCCCGCAGAGAUUCCAAAUCUGCCUCCACCACGUCAAGCUUCAUAAGCUCACCCUAUACCUCUGUGGAUGAAUAUUCCUAAAUCCAUGUCCUGUGGUGAAGGCUGCUAUUGAGCCUACAUCUCCCGUUUUCCUAACAGUGUAAAGCCCUGUUCUAGAUACUUGAGGGAGACA